UUUAUUGUGUUUGUCUAAAAUUUUAUUUGUCUAUAUUAAUGGUCUAAGUAGCUGUAUACAGUUAGUUUGUUAGUUUGGAACUAAACAUGUUUGGCCAGUUUUCUAGCCCAUCACUGAAUGAAGGAGGUUAUGACUACAAGUUCAUAAAAGAACCUGCAGACUCUCUCAAGUGUCUCAUCUGUCUGCUAGUAGUUAGGGAGCCACAACAACAUGGCGGCUGUGGGAAGCUAUUCUGUAAAGUGUGUAUUGACAAGCACACAGUCCUAAAAAACACCUGUCCACAUUGCAGGCAGCCAUUAAAUAACUCAAAUGGCUUUCCAACCAUCUUCAAUGAUUUCAGAAUACCUGUACCUGCAUGCAUGCAUACAUCACCCCUACAAACACAUACAGGUGAUCAAGAGGUCAAGUCUCUAAUGGUGUACUGCAGCACUGCUUGCGGUUGGAAAGGAGAGCUGGGAUCACUCGAUAAUCACAAGCAGAAAGACUGUGAGAACACAGUAGUCUUUUGCGAAAACAAUUGUGGUGAAAUAAAUAUGAUUCGAAAGAAUCUCCAGGCCCAUCUCGAGUCCAAGUGUCCUAAUCGACUACACAAAUGCCCUCACUGUGAUGCAAACAACCAGUACAAAAACCACCAACUUCAUACCAAAUUACAUUGCCCCAAACGAUUGCAUUGUUGUGUUCAUUGUGGUGAAAACGGCUGCUUUGAUGAGCGUACUUCUACACAUUUGGAGGUUUGUCCCAAGAUGAAAAUUGCCUGUAAAAAGUGCACACAACGUAUCCUGCGCUGCCAGCUGCCAACUCAUCCAAAAGAAUGUACGUUUCAACCAGUGCCCUGCAAAUAUGCUGAAGUUGGGUGCAAAGUUCACCCUCUACGCAAAGACCUCAAGAAGCAUGAGGAAGAUUACCAACUUCACCUCCAAGUUACCACAGAAACAGUGCUUGAGCUAAAGAAAAUGCUUUCCAAACCAGUUGUCCCAGUUACAGUUGCCCCAGUUACAUGCAGAGUUGCAGAUUUUGUUAAGCGCAAAACAGACAAUGAUGUAAUCUACAGUCCUUCGUUCUACACUUCCACAAAUGGGUACAAAAUGUGCUUAAGAAUAAAUGCCAACGGAAAUAGCACUGGCGAAGGCACACACGUCUCUGUGUUCACUUGCCUCAUGGUAGGUAAAUAUGAUGACUACCUGACCUGGCCGUUCACUGGGACAGUCACAAUCGACCUACUCAACCAACGGGAGGACAACAAUCAUCACAAUUGGACAAUCACAUUCCCAGCAGAACUUGUGGCUAGCCAGAAAGUGGUGGAUGGUGAGAGGGGGGUAGGAAGGGGCCACCAUAAAUUCAUCUCUCACACCAACCUCGCUCGCAAGCCUCGUAAAAACAUUCAGUACCUCAAAGACGACACUCUAAUAUUCCGAGUAUCUGCAGAAGCUCCUGACUACAAACAAUGGCUGGAGUGUACUCACUUUUGUAUGCCUUUCCUCAUGAAGGGAGACAAUUAUGAUGACUCCCUGUCCUGGCCGUUCAAUGGGAGGGUCACAAUCGAGCUACUCAACCAACUGGAGCACAAGAACCAUCACAAGUGGACAAUCCCAUUCCCAGCAGACGAUGUAGUCAGUGAGAGAGUGGUGGAUGGUGAGAGAGGGUUAGGAUAUGGUCGGCGACAGUUCAUCUCCCACGCUGACCUCGCUCACAAGCCUCGUAAAAACAUUCAGUACCUCAAAGACGAUACUCUAGUAUUUCAAGUAUCUACAGAAGCUCCAGACUACAAGCCGUGGCGUGUAUACUGUACAUUAUAG